GUUGGAUACUUUGUAAGUAGUUAAACUAAUUUUUAAUUACUUUAAACUGUUUUUAUUGCCAUAGAUGUUAUCUUUUUAGUUGCGGAGUCCACCUGUGGGCAUUUAUCCUCAAUUUUAUUGUACCAGAAGGUGGUGCAAAUUGAAAGAGUACAUCCAUUAACUUUAUAUUAGUUUUUAUUUAAAUUUGUCAUUAUCAGCAUACAUGACUGUGGAUUUAGAACAGAGUGGACAUUUCUGCAUUUCCAGCAGCACAGUCUUUUGUUCCUUUUCUGACAUCUCUCUUCUGUUUGCCCUCUGCUUCUUUCCUGUGGCUGGAUUGCAGCUCCUGUCACUCCACGCCAUGUUCAGCAUAUGCUGCAGAAACUUGGUCCUCCCUCUUUUAUGAUGCUGUGUAAAAAUUGCUUCCUUGGUGGUGAAUCUGCUGGCAUCAGAUAAGACGACUACAGGGGUCAUAAUUCCAGUUCAACGCCCCCUAGUGGAUGUGGACAGCGUAAGCAAAGACGUCAGCUUUGUACCUGUUAAAUAUCCACGCCCACUUCAGUUUAUUGUAAAGGUUGUGUUCAGUUGAUCCACAUAAUGGGAUGUGCCACCGAGUCGCUCCGCUGCUUUAAGCUGCAGCGGGUCAACAUAUUGAACGCAGGAGGCGGCGCGACAUGCGCUGAGUCUCCGCGUGGCGUCCUGCGUGGGCUCGGUGCCGCUCAAUGGUCGUGAUUGCAUUUUAAAGUCAAAAAGGAGAUAGACUUUGUCACACGUGGCGGUUUGAAGGCGAGAGAGGAUCCGCUGGUCUGGCCCUGUCGGUUCGGUUCCCACCGAGAGAGGGAAAACGGGAGACAUACGGAAGACCACAUCCACGGCGCCACCUCCACUCAGCAUCCCGCGAUGACCGUGACAGCGGCACAAAGCCCGGCCUCCACUCACCACACAUGCACGGCGGCAUGGGUGCGUCUCCACGCUGGUUUUUGCAGAUGAGGAUUUGCAGCGCGGUUGCGCAAUGAGGCAAUCUGGAAUCAAGUAAGGACUUUAUUGAUACAUAAUCAGACAAUAUGGCCGAUCAGAGCAACAUCCAAUCCGCCGCCUCCAAGAGCAUCCGGCCCUUUAAAUCCAGCGAGGAGUACCUGUACGCCAUGAAGGAGGACCUGGCGGAAUGGCUGAACACCCUGUACGACCUGGACCUGACAGUAGACACCUUCGUGGAUGGUCUGGAGACAGGCUGCGCCCUGUGCCGGCAUGCCAACAAUGUCAACCGGGCCGCCCAGGACUUCCAGCUGGAGUACCCCGAGGCGGCCCAGUCCAUGAAGCUCCCCCGCAAAGAUGUGGUCUUCCAGUCUCGCAACGUCAGCCCAGGCUCGUUCCUGGCUCGGGACAACGUGUCCAACUUCAUCAGCUGGUGCAGGCAGGAGCUGUGGAUCAAGGACGUGCUCAUGUUCGAGACCAACGACCUGGUGGAGAGAUGCAACGAGAAGAAUUUCAUCCUCUGCCUGCUGGAGGUGGCGCGGCGGGGCUCCAAGUUUGGCAUGUUGGCCCCCAUGCUCAUUCAGCUGGAGGAGGAGAUUGAAGAGGAGAUCCGAGACCACCAGGUUAACCUGCAGAUGGACCCCGGUGAGCCGGAGGAGCAGAGUCCGCCCAGCAGGUGUUUCAGCCGCAAGGAGAGCUGCCACAGCGUGGAGGACGAGCCGGAACCAGAAGCUUUCGUGUGGCCUCAGAAGAGAGUUUUAUGUGACAUGAGAAACCUGGACGAGCUGGUUCGUGAGAUUCUGGGCCGGUGUUCCUGUCCAGCACAGUUUCCUAUGGUUAAGGUGUCAGAAGGAAAAUACAAAGUGGGAGAUUCCAGUUCACUGAUCUUCAUAAGGGUCCUUCGUACUCAUGUGAUGGUGCGUGUUGGAGGGGGCUGGGACACAUUGGAGCACUAUUUGGACAAGCACGACCCGUGUCGCUGUGCUGCCUUUGCCCAUCGCUACCAUCAAGCUAAAGGUCAAGGUCAGGGAGGCCAGAGCAAGUCCUCCAGUGCACAUUCAUCCCGCUCCACUAGUCCUGGUCCACACUGGCGUAAUGAUGGCAUGGCACCUUACAAAGCAACCUCCUCCGGACCGUGUGCCUCUUCCUCCUCCACAAGGGCAGGCCACCCUCAGAACUCGACUGCUCCUCAUGAACCCGAACCUCGUAGUGUUCUUCCACGGCCACCCAGGGACCGCUCUGAGCCACGGCCCAUCAAUCCUAUCAGGAACAGGGAGACAAAGCUGCCGGUGACCCGUCGUCUGUCUGCAGACAGUGACUCUUCCACAUCUUCUUCCAAAGGAGGAGGAAGCGGGCGUUUCUCUCUAGGUGGGACAUUACACCGCUCUAGUAAAGAGGUUGUCCUUCUUGUCAAUCGCAAGGAGGGCAAGCAUAUUAUUGAGAGGCCUGGAAAUCAAACCACCCCGCGUACCGCAUUGCCCCGUGCACGCAGCCAGUCUCGGGAGCGUUCGGCGCUCACUUCAGUACUGAAACCUAGCCCGCCACAAGCUCCGGAUGGAGUACGCCGUUCAUGCACAGAGAGGGGCCGAUCCCUUGCAAACGAAGGCCCCAGAAGGCUCCAUGCUCCACGUUCUCACAGCCAGAGUAAAGGUCCUGGGUACAGUCGAUCGAGUGAAGCCAUAGUGGGGUCUGGUCCCACCCACAGGGAUCCUCUUCCAGCAGAGAGACGAGAGGACUCUCGCAAUAAACAAGUGCCCCCAUCUUCCCCCAGAGUAGGCGGUUUGUUCUCCAAGAGGCAGUCAUCCUCAUGCACCAACUCACCCAUAAAAGGAGUACAAAACAACAACAGCCCCAGUAAAAAGACAAUAAAUACUCCCAGACCCCCUCGUUCACCCUCUACAGGAAAAGGCAGACUUCUGCCCCCAGUCACUUCAGGAGGUCGACGUUCUCCUCAUUCGUCUCCACGGAAUACUCAUAAUAAUCAUCAAGCUACCCGCUCACUUCGAUCGUCCCACGUCCCUCGGUCUAAUGGGCGAGGCCACAGUAGGAACUGUUCUGGGCAGGAACAUCAGCAGCCUGACGAUGAAGGGCUGGGCUUAGGCUUCCAGAUGCUGCCAUCGCUGGACCCCCAGAGAGAGCAGGACCUGUAUCGCAGCUUUGAGGCUGAGUACUUAGCCAAUACGCAGCAAGCCAGAGGCGGAUUGAGCCGAGGAAUUGGCCAGCAUUGUGUAAGAACUCAUUCCGUGCCAACGCUCAGUGAUUCUCACAUCACAGAUUCUGCUUAUUCCUCCUCUAACUCUUCCUCAUCAUCCUUGAACGUGGGCGCAAAGAUAGGUACCCUGCCGAACCUCAGGGAGUCCAAAAGAGCUAACCUUUGCCCGUUUCCCCUAGAUGACCCCUUGAAUUUACUUUAUAGACAGAAUUUUGGAGGACCACACAACUUUGGUCAAGGGGAGCCUGAACACUGUAGAGAGCAUGGAGGGAGUUUAAAGAAGCACCCAGCCACGGGCGAGAAGUCACAUGGGGACUCAAACAGAAUUGUCAAUCAGGUAGCUCUACAAGCUAUCCAUUGUAAAAAUAUGAAUGGAGACCAUGGAGGUCCUCCUACAGAGGGCCAACAAGAUCAUGGUUGGCCCACAACACCACAAGGAGAUGUCCCUGUUGAGAAUCACCAGCCAAGCUUACCAUAUGAUGUACAUAGUGAUGACAGUGAUGGCCUCCCACCCCCAGAGGCCUGCCCAUCACCUGUCCCCCUCCCGCCAUCUGAGGACUGCUCCUUCCAGGAUUCAUCCAGUGAAAACUCUUCAAUGUGCUUUAGCCUAAGCGAAUCACACUCUGAAUCCCCCCCACCUUCAUCACUACUGGCCAAUGGCGACACAUGUGUGGAAGGGCUGCACACAAAAAAAGACCAAAAGAAGUGUGACAGCGUAAACAUCAUUUCAAAGCACAAACUGGCAAAGAUGAAACCUCGCUCUGACAACAGGCCAGGAAACAGCCCCUCACGCAUCCCCACACUGGUCAACUACCGAGAUACGCAGGUUCAUGAGGACCUUUCUCCUUGCCACACGCCGCCACACUCCCCUGAGAGCUCUUACACUCCCUCUCGCAACAUCCUGCACCAGGCAAUCACUGAUCGCACCUUCCCUGGAAAGUCAGGGAGCUUGGACACUGAAGCUUGGAUGUAGCACAGAGCAAGAGGAAACAGCACAUGCCGGCGGUGUUGUCCUUAACAAUGACUACUGUGUAAUUAAAAAAAAGACUGAGCUCAUAGACUCUAUAUUGCAUGUCACAUUGCUUUUAUUUUGCACUCAAGCCAAAUUAUUUAUUACCAAAGGAAUGUUGUUUAACAUGACAAUUACUGUCAUUUAUUUGAAAGUGUGCUUGGGGAUCAUUUUGCCAAUCAUUGGGGUUUUUUUUUAUUUCACAUUUGCAGAGCGAUAGAGCGAGAGAGCAUAUGUGCUGCCAUGUGCCCCAUGAAGGGUAUGGUCAAGUGCCAGAGAUGUUAAAGCUGCAAUUUCCCAACACACAAAACCUUAGUCAAAGGCGUUGGCGCCCUCUUGUGGUUUGCUAUGGCCUUGCAAGUCAGAAAACUGAUCAUCCUCUCCCCUCUAGAGCUCUUUUUAUUUAACUUAGUAUACAUUUACAGUAUAUACAUGGGUAAGGUUUUGUUUGAUGCAGUAAAAGCAUUUAUUGUCAGCUUUGGAUUCAUUGUGUUUGGGCCAAUGAGGGUUAUAUUGCUUUGUUGUCACUGUCACUGACAGAAAUGAGUUUUUGCCUCCAACCAAAACAUACAUUGGAACACACUGCGUGAUAUACAUGUACAGAUGUCAGUAGCUUAGUAGAGAAUGAAUGUGUAAAUAUACAAAUUCAUGUUUGUGGGUGCUUUGUAUAUAAGAUGGCAAUGAAUAUAAUGUACAUAUGUUGUUGUAUUAAGUCCUGUGUUGCCUUAGCUAUGCAAUAUUGGCGGUGAAAUGCCUUGAUGAGUCCCUUCGCCUUAAAAUAUUCUCACAGGUUACGUUUUGAAUGUUUCGGUUAAAAAUCACAACACUACAUUGCGCUAAUAAUGGGAAUGUUCAUUAUUACCAAUUUGAAUUCAGUGUACAAUUCAUGCUCAUUUAAAGAAUUAUUGCCUAUCAAUCCAAAUUUGUUUGACUUCAUCGUGGAAAGACACACCCAAUCUUCCAUAGAAGAAAAUAUUCUGGUUCUAAUUGACCCAAAGCCUCUUGCAGUGGUAUGAUGACAUUUGAUUGAUAACGAGUGACUUUUAACUCCAGCGUCUGCAUAAAUAAUAGAUAUGUAACGGGAUAUUAAAGGCUUCUGCUGUCAUCUCUGCAUAAGCUCGACAGCUAGAGUUCAUUUGAAAGUUGUGUCAGUGCCCUGCACGUGUCUGAUCUUAAAAAAAACAGUGAAUUAACAGUAAUAACACCCAUGACCAUAUUGUUAUCUGUUUAAGGAGACAUUUCAGGCCACUGACACUCUUGACUGAUCUUAAAAUGACUGUGUAUACAUGUGUGUACAUAUUGUAUGAGUUGAAUGAAAGAGAAGUUAAUAUUUAUUUAUUUAUGAAGUGAUGUCUCAUUGGACUCACAUUGCAUCCUUGGCCAAGGUACGGUAACUGCCCUAUUUGGAAAAACAUGCAUUUUUUAGAUGCCUGUAUUAAAAUUUUCAUGAAUUUAAAGAGACAUAUUCUGUUAGAAAUCAACCCAGUCAAAAACUGUUAAUAGUUGUUUUGUGGCUUUGCGAAUCUAAACGUGUUUUUCAUCUUGUAAAGGUCUUUAAAACUGAUUGAAUGCAUAUUGUUUGGUUAUUUAUGGAAGUCGAUCAGGAAUGGAGAACUGUGACAUAUAGUUAAUCUCAUCAAAUUAAUCUACUCUCAAGAAAAAAUAACUAUUUAGUAUUCUUUUCUCUGCCCCCAAACCAGCAAAAUCUGAAUGUUGUAUGCUCAUGUUUUCACUUGGAGUCAGUCUAUUAAAUGCACAAAAACUUUGAUGUACAAAGAAAACUGCAAUACUUCACUAUUGUUUUUUUUUUCCACAGGUGAAAAUGCUGUCAAUUUGUUCUUUUAAUAAAUACUUUCCUCUGAAGUCUGAGAAUGA